AAAAAAAAAAAACUUUAUUCAUAGAUGAUUGAAAAAGUAAAAUCCAUGACGCAAAGCCAGUUGUGAAUUGCGAGUGAUCGACUCAGACACCAGAGUCAAAGCAGUUUUACUGUGCAGCUCUCAAGGAGUGGUCAGAACGAAUGGACUCAGCGGAAUCGUCGAAUCAACGUCGGGCGACGGUGACCCAACACGAGCAAUGGAUGGUUCAGGAUCAAGUUUUCCAGAUCUACGAUAUCUUCGCUAAUAUCCCUACCAAGGCUCAAAACUUAAUGUUAGAGCUUCAACGUGACAGUCAUAUAGAGUAUCUAAACAAAGGACUAAUGCAACUCAGUUCUUCCUUUGUGGUAUUGGAUGCUAAUCGACCUUGGCUUUGCUACUGGAUUCUGCACUCAAUUGCUUUAUUGGGGGAGUCUAUCGAUUAUGAACUAGAAAAUAAUGCCAUUGACUUUCUUAAGCAUUGUCAGGAUCCGAAUGGUGGAUAUGGUGGUGGACCUGGACAGAUGCCUCACCUUGCAACAACUUAUGCUGCAGUUAAUUCACUUAUUACUUUGGGCGGACGUAGAGCUUUGUCGUCUAUUAAUAGAGAAAAAUUGUAUGCUUUUUUGCGGCGAAUGAAAGACUCAAGUGGGGCAUUCAGGAUGCAUGAUGCUGGGGAAAUUGAUGUGCGGGCUUGCUACACAGCCAUUUCAGUUGCAAGUAUUCUCAACAUUUUGGAUGAUGAGCUGAUUGAGGAUGUUGGUAAUUACAUCUUAAGCUGUCAGACUUAUGAAGGUGGUAUUGCAGGAGAACCUGGCUCUGAAGCUCAUGGUGGAUACACAUUUUGUGGACUGGCAGCAAUGAUUUUGAUCAAUGAGGCCAAUCGUUUGGACUUGGCUGGUUUACUUGAUUGGGUAGUAUUUCGACAAGGAGUAGAGUGUGGAUUUCAGGGGAGAACAAACAAAUUGGUUGAUGGCUGCUACUCCUUCUGGCAGGGAAGUGUAUUUGCACUAUUGCAAAGAUUACAUUCAGUUAAUGGUAAACGUGUGGCUUUUUCCGAUGCUGAAGGAGAUUGUGCUACAGAUAGCACUUCUGAAGGAGAACUUACAGAUGGAAAUUCAUCAGAGACGGAUGAGACUUGCCAUAUGAAACAGGGAGGACAUGGAGAAAUGGAGCCCCUUUUUCACAGCAUAGCCUUGCAGCAGUACAUAAUUCUUUGCUCACAGGAACAGGGGGGUGGAUUCAGAGACAAACCUGGGAAGGCCAAGGACUAUUAUCACACGUGCUAUUGUUUAAGUGGCCUCUCUGUAUGUCAGUAUAGCUGGUCGAAGGAUGAGAAUUCUCCACCUCUGCCAAAGGCGGUGUUAGGUCCCUACUCGAAUCUUUUGGAACCCGUCCAUCCUCUACAUAAUGUGGUCUUAAAGCAGUACCAUGAGGCUCAUGAAUUCUUUUCCUCCCAAAGCACAUCUUAGUUAAGUUAUUCUAAAGUUGAGAUGUGAUGCAAAUUUUUUAUAGUACUGUGAAACUUCAAUCCAUUUCAUAGAUUGUAGGAAAGAGCUUAAUUGUGUACCAUAGUGAUGGUAUUUUCUAGGUUGCAGCAUGUGCAUUGUAUAAUUUGACUUCUGAUCAAUAAUUAAUAUUCUCCAUUCAUA